AUGGCAAACAGAUUUCUUGUGUUCCUUGGUCAUGGUAUUCCAGCAAUUGCGUUCAUCUUUUGGGGACUCUUGCUUUUUCUCACGAAUGCAGCAUCUCGUUUUCGAGGCCAUGAAAAACCUGGGCGACUCUCCCUCAUUACAAAGCCAGCUGAGUUUUACAUUCUCUUCCUUGGGAGUGCAGGAGUCAUCACUUUCCACUGCAUUCUUCAGCCAACACGAAGCUAUCCUGACCUGGAGCACAUCUCCAUGGCUAUUCCGUUCAUGAUCUAUGCACUCUGUUUACGUUCCAAGCUACACUUGCCAAGUGCUUUUGUAAGUCUCAUGGAAGCAGCAGCGUUCGCCCAAGAACUCUUCCUCUUUCAUUGGCAUUCCACGGAUCAUGUCGGCGUGGAAGGACAUUAUCAUAUGCUUCUACAGCUCAUUGUGACUGCCUGUAUGUUCUCAAGCCUCGUGGAAGUGUUUGUGCCACAGAAUCACAAUGCCAUGAUGAUCAAGUUUUGGAAGUCAAUUUGUAUCAUCUUCCAUGGCAUUUGGCUGCUUCAGCUCUCAUUACUUCUUGUGUUCCCAGCAACGUUCCUGCCUCUGGGUUGCCAAGUGUUUGUUCGUCACCACCAAAAGAUCGAGUGUGGCAGUGAAAACCUUGUCAACCAGUCCAAAGCUAUGGGAACAUUGCUUUUCAGUUGGUACCUCUCUUUGUUGAUGUCAAAGCUGGUGCCUAACAACGGGCCAGAUAGAAAGGUGGUACCAAAUGCUGGGCAGAAUGAUGCUCCUAGCUACAACCACUCUCACUGGCAAACCAAGUUUUCAAGGAGCCCACUACUGGAUUGA